GAAAUAUUUGGGCGUGAUGCUGGAAAACUAUGCAGCGGUCCUUCAUGGGCCAAGUGACGUUAGAAUUGAAAAAUGGCCAAUGCCCUUAAUCGGCGACGAUGAGUUGCUGAUAAAAAUAAGUUGCGUGGGCAUCUGCGGGUCGGACGUGAAGCUGUACUUGACGGGCCGCUGUGGGCUGGAGGCGCUCCUGCACCCGAUGGUCAUGGGCCAUGAGGGCGCCGGUGUAGUAGCACAGGUGGGUAGCAAAGUGAAAGGUUUCGUAGUAGGGGACCGGGUAGCGAUCGAGCCGACGCAGCCGUGCGGCGCGUGCUUACACUGCAAGCACGGCGCCUACAACCUGUGCGUGGAGCCGCGGUAUUGCGCCACCGCCACCGGCCACGGCAAUAUCUGCACUUACUACAAGCACCGCGCUGACUUCUGUCACAAACUACCAGCCAACUUAUCAAUGGAGGAAGGCGCAGCUGUGCAACCGUUAGCGAUCGCCGUGCACGCGUGUAAGCGCGCGCGCAUCUCGCUGGGCACGCGGCUCGUAAUACUGGGCGCUGGGCCCGUGGGCGUGCUGUGCAUGAUCACCGCGCGAGCCAUGGGCGCCACUCAUAUACUGCUCACAGAUGUAGUGGAGUCCCGUUUGGAAACGGCCAAGAAGAUGGGCGCCGACCAUACACUCCUCAUAAAGCCGGAGUACUCGGAGCAGGAUGUGGUCGAUAAGAUCUUGACCGCAGUUGGCGAUGCACCGGACGUCAGCAUAGACGCGUGCGGGUACCCAUCCGCACAGGCCGUUGCUAUGAGGGCAACUCAAGCAGGAGGGACGGUGGUGAUUGUGGGCAUAGGUCCGGACCGGGCAGAGGUGCCGUUAGCAGCCGCCAUGUUGCGAGAAGUCGACGUACGGGGCUCCUAUAGGAUUGCUAACACAUACCCCGCGGCAUUGGCAGCCGUGUCCCGCGGUGCGGUGAACUUGGCUCCGUUCAUAACACACCAUUUUCCCUUCGAGAGGGUAAAGGAGGCUAUGGAAGUCGCCAAGUCUGGGGCGGCCAUGAAGAUUAUCAUACAUAUGAAGUCUUAA